AUGGCCAAGCGAGUUGCAGUGAUUGGAGCUGGUGUGAGUGGCCUGUCCUCCAUCAAAUGCUGCUUGGAUGAAGACCUGGCGCCUACCUGCUUUGAAAGAAGUAAUGACAUCGGGGGACUGUGGAAGUUUACCGAGACUUCUAAAGAUGGGAUGACCAGGGUCUACAAGUCAUUAGUGACAAACGUCUGCAAAGAAAUGUCAUGUUACAGCGACUUCCCCUUCCAAGAAGAUUAUCCCAAUUUCAUGAAGCAAGAAAAAUUCUGGGACUACCUCCAAGAGUUUGCUGAGCACUUUGACCUUCUGAAAUACGUUCGGUUUAGAACCACAGUGUGCAGCGUAACAAAGCGUCCUGACUUCUCCGAAACUGGUCAGUGGGAUGUUGUCACAGAGACAGAGGGGAAGCUGGACAGAGCUAUCUUUGAUGCUGUCAUGGUUUGCACUGGACACUUCCUGAAUCCCCGUUUACCUUUGGAGUCAUUUCCUGGAAUCCAUAAGUUUAAAGGCCAGAUCCUGCACAGUCAAGAGUACAAGAUCCCAACAGGCUUUCAGGACAAACGCGUCUUAGUGAUCGGUCUUGGGAACACUGGAGGGGACAUUGCAGUGGAGCUCAGUCGAACUGCAGCUCAGGUUCUUCUCAGUACUAGAACUGGUACCUGGGUCAUCAGCCGCUCUUCAAAUGGGGGCUACCCAUUUAAUAUGAUGACUACAAGACGACGCCACAAUUUUACUGCACAAGUUCUGCCUUCAUGUGUACUAAAGUGGAGUCAAGAGAGGGGCUUGAAUAAAAGAUUUGAUCAUACGAAUUAUGGACUAAAUAUUACUAAGGGGAAAAAACCAAAAACAAUUGUGAAUGAUGAGCUGCCAACCUGUAUCCUCUGUGGGACAGUCACUAUGAAAACCAGCGUGAAGGAGUUUACAGAAACCUCUGCUCUCUUUGAAGACGGGACAGUGGAAGAAAACAUCGAUGUUGUAAUCUUCACUACAGGAUACACCUUUUCUUUUCCCUUUCUGGAAGAACCUCUCAAAAGCCUUUGUACAAAGAAGACAUUCCUGUAUAAGCUGGUCUUUCCCUCAAACCUAGAGAGGACAACACUGGCUAUGAUUGGCUUCAUCAGCCUUACAGGAUCCAUCUUAGCAGGCACAGAGCUCCAAGCACGAUGGGCCACAAGAGUAUUCAAAGGACUCUGUAAGAUACCUCCAUCUCAAAAACUGAUGGCUGAGGCUACGAAAAAGGAGCAGCUCAUAGAAAGGGGUUUGAUGAAAGAUACCAAUGGAGACAAACUUGACUACAUUUCCUACAUGGAUGAACUCGCUGCCUGCAUAGGCACGAAGCCCAAUGUCCCACUUCUGUUCCUCAAGGAUCCCAGACUAGCUUGGGAAGUUUUCUUCGGACCAUGUACUCCUUACCAGUAUCGCCUAAUGGGCCCUGGAAAAUGGGAUGGAGCCAGAAAUGCCAUCCUGACCCAGUGGGACAGGACACUGAAACCCUUAAAAACUCGAAUAGUUCCCGAUUCCUCCAAGGCUGCCUCCAUGUCACAUUAUUUGAAAGCUUGGGGGGCACCUAUCCUGCUCGCCUCCCUUCUACUGAUCUGUAAAUCUUCACUCUUUUUGAAAUUGGUGCCAGAAAAACUAUGGGACAGAAUUUGUCCUUACUUAAUAAGUAUUUGGCGAGGAUAA